AUGAUGGACGGCUCUUCCCGGCUGGCAGCCGCAUCUCCAGAUCCAAGCUCGCCAAGUCCGCUGAGGGACACAUUCUCCUUUAACGACAGCAUGCCUCGACACAGACCUCCAACUUCGGGCUAUGCCCGGAUAGCUCAAGCAGAUGAUGAGAAUGCUUAUCUGGAUGAUUCUGAAGAAGAUGACGCCUUCCGUGUCCCUCGAACGAUAUCCACCCUCUCAGCACCUCGCUAUGCCCCCAUUCAGCCACAACCCCAUGGACCAAUGCAAGCGGACCUCAAUGAGAGCUCUACCAGACACCAGAGACGGCUGAAUACCGGUAGACGGCGGUUGCGAAGGAAUUCGUCGGGUGUGGACAUUAAAGCAAUAAAUGCUAGAUUGGAGAGAUGGGCGGAAGAAAUAGCGUCAAAGUUCAAGAUCAGCAAGGUGAAAGGGAAGACGCAAGAAGAGGAACAGUUGGAGAUUAAACACUCGGUAUUCCAGGCUCCGGAAGGGUUACGCCCAGCAAGUGUAGAAACUCUUGCGUCAGAUGUUAGCGAAACCCAAGGAGACAGGAUGACAAAAAUGGGAUUCGACGAUGUUGUGGAGAGCGUUAAAGUCGCCAUCGAGCUUGGUGUACAUCCAAAAAUGAUUUCGCAAGGUAGUUCAGGGAGCUACUUCGCCCAAAACAGCGACGGAAAAGUUGUCGGAGUAUUCAAACCAAAAGACGAGGAGCCAUACGCGUCGAGAAAUCCCAAGUGGACCAAGUGGCUACAUCGAAAUCUGUUUCCUUGCUUUUUUGGCAGAGCAUGUCUUAUACCUAAUCUUUCCUACGUAUCCGAGGCAGCUGCGUACGUAUUGGACAGUAGGCUACGGACGAAUUUGGUGCCCUAUACGGAUAUCGUGUACCUUUCAUCUAAAUCAUUCCAUUACGAUUUCUGGGACAAGUCUGCAUACUACCGAAAACGGAAACCUUUACCUGCAAAGGUUGGAAGCUUCCAGGUCUUUCUCAAGGGAUUCAAAGACGCAAAUUUAUUCUUGCGGGAUCACCCAUGGCCAGAUCAAGUCAAUUCAGGCUUCCGGCCGGACGAUGCGCCAAGAUGGAGAAAGAAGCCUUGGACAGAGACAUGCAGGCCUAGUAGCGCUCCGUUAGAGGAUGAUGAAGAGAUUCGCAGCGACGUUCGGUCCAUGAACGGCAAUGAAGAACCCCAAGGUCAGGAUAGGGGAUUUUCAUGGACGGACCCACUCAAGCAGGCUUUCCGAGAAGAGCUGGAGAAGCUUGUGAUCCUAGACUAUAUUAUGAGAAACACAGACCGAGGCUUGGACAAUUGGAUGAUUAGGGUAGAUGCUGCGAAUCAAGAGGUCUCUAUUGUUGCGGACCCGUCGCAAAUGAGCGGCCGUUCUGGUGAGCGGCCUGUUCCCAUGAUCAAAACCAACAGCGAAGGAAACAUAAAGCCCAGUACAUCCCCUUACAAGCGUCAAGAGGCUAUGUCAACUGCGAGCAGAUCAGACACACCUUCGAAUCUCGAUUCAGAAAAAGGUGCCGCCAUUUCGAUUGGGGCCAUCGACAAUAGUUUGUCGUGGCCAUGGAAGCACCCAGAUGCUUGGCGAAGCUUCCCAUUCGGCUGGCUCUUCCUCCCUGUUUCUCUGAUUGGCCAACCAUUUUCACAAAAGACUCGAGAUCACUUCCUUCCUUUGCUCACCUCUACGAAAUGGUGGAGCGAUACACAACUAGCUCUCCGUCGAGUAUUUAGCCAGGACUCCGACUUCAAGGAAAAAAUGUUUGCCAGGCAGAUAGCCGUAAUGAAAGGGCAAGCAUGGAACGUGGUUGAGACGCUGAAAACAUCAGAUCAUGGCCCGCUCGAGUUGACUCGGCGCACGCGUGUGUGCGUGUGGGAUGACCUUGUUGAUAUCCCUGUUGCGAUUCCUAUGCGAGUACCUUCCGCUGAGAUGCGGAGGCGGAGAGAUAACGAUGUGCGGAAAAGUAUCGAAGAAGAGGAAAUGGACAUAAGCGCUGCCAACGCCUCUGCACCACAACCACAACACGAUCUUCUUGGCCUGUCGUCACCCACAACUGAUCUACCCAAUCCAAAUCGCUUCGAUCUUUCACGAAAUAACAGCACAUCGGACCUGGGCCAGUUCCCUAAUGGGACCGAGAGUCCAGUGACUGUCCAGGGGCCAUUGGUAGACCACCAAGCCGAGUUAGACGAGGCCAAAAUGGUCCACGCAAACAACACCAGACCAAGUGCCACAAGAUCGAAGACUCGACUCAGCUUAGAAGGGCACGGUAAGAAUGCAAGCACGAGCAGCCAAAGGCGGCGCUACUCUUUCUCGACCCGACAUGGUGGAGGCUUUCUGGGCGAUAGUGACGAUCUGGAAGGAGAUCUAGGCUACUCGGCUGCCGAGGGUAUGGAAGGAAAUCAGCGAAAAGUAAUUGUGGAAAGGCUGGAAACGGUAAAAAGCAAGAACCCUGUGUUCACAUGGUGUUAG